AUCAGAAACUGAUAGCCGAGGAUGGUGAUGAUUCGGAUAGGAGGGAGACUGAUGGUGUCUUUGUUCAUUUCGUUUUUCCUGCAGCUGGUCGGUGGAAAUGGUUCGUCGUGUGGUGGCUUGUGCGAUAGGGUAUUUUGGGGUAGAUUGUACAGGGCGAUGUCCCUUCCCCUCCUUUGGGAAGGGAUGCCAGUUAGUCUGCAACUGCUGUGAAGAUCAGUGUAAUCAUGAAAAAGGAUGCCCAAAAGAUGAUUGUGGACCAGGCUAUUUGGGUGUCUUUUGUGACGUAAAAUGCCGGUAUCCAGGUUUUGGUACGGAAUGUCAGAAUAAAUGUUUGUGUGAACAGAAGAUGUGUGAUCCUGUAAAGGGAUGCCAAGGAAGUUUAGAAGAUAUUGUCAUGGAAGUGGUAACAACACCUGCUCCAAAGACCAGGAUGACCCCUAACAUUUCCGUAUCACUAAGACCUGAUGCUGAUUUUAACAGAAGUCUUUCUUCACGAGAUAUUUCCUCUGUUCUGUUAACGACUCCAGAUGUUUCAGAUUGUUCUAAAGAAACGUCAAUCCAAAGUGAUGCUGCAUCAAUGUGGAAAACGUUGAACGAAACGGAAGGAGGCAUGGUUAUCAGUAUUACGACGCUAGGACUACUGUUUCUUAUCUUAACAGUCAUGUACAUCUGGAUAUCUCAUAGACUUCACGUAGAAACAAUUGAUCGUAGGAAAGCAACAGAGGAUUUAGAUGAAAAUUCUACAGUAUGAAAAACGGGUAAUCUGUUAUAAAGUGCACUGUAUCAGGACAUGGUGUGUAAUGCCUGUAUUUGUAUUUAACUAUGCUUUGUAAUUGAUAGACCUUUCAUGCUUCAUUAUGUUAUAUGUAAACUGUGACUUGCUGGUUGUCUUUCAAUUUAAAUAAUAAAAUCAGGAAUU